UCCAUUGACCAAACCGCGACCGCUUCUUGUCUCUUCUCAGCCACGGCCUCGCCCACCUGCUAUAACUUGGCCCUCCCUCUCUCGCACUGCAUCCAUCUCUUCUUCGGAGCACAACCGAGUGGUUCCGAGCAGAGUUGAAGGAGCGGGAGAUGGAUGCGGAGAAGGCUGUUGCUGCCGCUGAGGCGGAACGGAAGAGGGAAGAGGAAGUUGAGAGGCUGCUCAACAAGGUGUGGUGGUACUCGCUGUUCCUCUACUUCGGCACCAUGAUCGUGGCGAUCGCGCCGAACUUCGCGCCGGCGCCCAGCCCCGCCGCCGCCGUUCCGUCCCUCCUCGCCUGCUACGACGUCCGCUACCGCCUCACCGCCGUCUUGUUCGCCGUGGUUUCGCUGGCCAUGCAGGCGAUGCUGGCGCUCGUCCUGGAGAGGAGGCCCGCGCCGGCGCCGCACCUGACACCGCUGGCCGCGUGGCCGCUCGGCAUCUUCACCUGGAUGUUCGUCACCACGUUCUGCCUCAGCUGCCUCUCGUUCGGCGUGCGGAACUACUACUACGAGUGGACGGCGGCCGUCACGUCCGCGGGCAACCUCGCCAUGGCCGCACGCACCGUGAUGCGCUACUUGGCUUGAGGAGGACAUUGCAGUGAGCUGAGACCUUCAAGAGAGUUCUAAUCAUACUGUGGCUGGGGUAUCAUGUCCAUCUGUCGUUACGUUUCUUCGUUAGUGUCUGUGUCUUUGAUGAGUUCGAAGUUUAGUAGUAGUAAUAAGACUAGUAAUUAGCAGGUUGCCUUUUUGUGAUGGUUGUGCUGAACAAUCCUUUCCCUAGCGUUCGUAAAAGGUCGGUAGCCUUGAUAUGGAACCGUGGGUGGCAGUCUGGUAUUGCUAGCUACUAUUGUCCGAGAAGUUGGGAAACAAUGUCUUUGGGUUUGGAUCCAGGAACUAUAUUGGCAUUGUCUGUUUUGACGCACUCGCUUGCUGUGAAUCUGUGAUACUAUUCUGUUUUCCUUACCGCAA